UUCUUUAUAUCUCGAAUAGAACAUAAAAUUAAUAUUUUUAUAAUACUUCGUUCCCAUACAGUGUCCCACGACACCACACAUCUUUUUUUUCUUAGGCGUCGCUUAUUACCGCACACUGGAAAACAUGAAAUAUCGGUAUAUUUACGAGUACAAGUUCUACCGUGGCACCAGUGCGCAGAAACAGCUCGAAGGAUUAAUGAUGUGUACGGCGCUGGUGUCGCAAAAGAAAGCACGGUAAGUUUUGGGUUUCAACGUUUUCAGUCUGGAAAUUUCGACCUUCAGAACCAAUCCCGUAGACGGCCGGAGCCUUAGUGGAAUAUGAAGAAUUAAAGGCUAUUGUCGAAUCGGAUCCAUGGCAAAGCUCUUCAGAGAUAGUUGCCGGCUUUGCGCAGAUAUCAAUUGUCAGCAACUGCAAACCAUGAAGAAAGAACUAGCUGCUAAGCAACUGAGAUUGGUCAAUCGCUCUAAGCCACUGCUGCUUCACGACAAUGCAAGAUCACACACUGCACAACAAAUAAACAACCACUAAAUUAGAUAAGCCACAAUUGGAAUGUCUGCGAUAUCCACCAUGCUCCCCAGGCUUUGAUUCAACAGAUUACCACUUUUUCUGGAAUUGGACAACUUCAUACAAGGAAAAAAUUGAACUCAGAUUGAUUCUCGCCCACAUGGCUUUUUUCCAGUAAAGGGAUCAAUGAACUACAUAUGAGAUGGCAAAAGUGCAUAGAUAACAACAAUGCAUACUUUAAUUAAUUAAAUACAUUUUACAAAAAAAAAAAA